GAAGCGGAGGGUGGGGACACUCUGGCCCGGCUCUCGGUGGUGCGGGAGCGGGAGGGAGCAGCGGCCGCUCUGGUCGGCGGACGUGCUGCCGAGCAGUCCCGGAAGCGAAGCAGCGAUGGCGGAGAGUCCAACUGAGGAGGCGGCGACGGCGACGGCGACGGCGGGCGCCGGGGCGGCGGGCCCCGGGGCGAGCGGCGUCGCCGGUGUUGUUGGCGUUAGCGGCAGCGGGUUCGGGCCGCCUUUCCUGCCGGAUGUGUGGGCGGCGGCGGCGGCUGCGGGCGGGGCCGGGGGGCCGGGGAGCGGCCUGGCUCCGCUGCCCGGGCUCCCGCCCUCGGCCGCUGCCCACGGGGCCGCACUGCUUAGCCACUGGGACCCCACACUCAGCUCCGACUGGGACGGCGAACGAACCGCGCCGCAGUGUCUACUUCGGAUCAAGCGGGAUAUCAUGUCCAUUUAUAAGGAGCCUCCUCCAGGAAUGUUCGUCGUACCUGAUACUGUUGACAUGACUAAGAUUCAUGCAUUGAUCACAGGCCCAUUUGACACCCCUUAUGAAGGGGGUUUCUUCCUGUUCGUGUUUCGGUGUCCGCCCGACUAUCCCAUCCACCCGCCUCGGGUCAAACUGAUGACAACGGGCAAUAACACAGUGAGGUUUAACCCCAACUUCUACCGCAAUGGGAAAGUCUGCUUGAGUAUUCUAGGUACGUGGACUGGCCCCGCCUGGAGCCCAGCCCAGAGCAUCUCCUCCGUGCUCAUCUCUAUCCAGUCCCUAAUGACUGAGAACCCCUAUCACAAUGAGCCUGGCUUUGAGCAGGAGAGACAUCCAGGAGACAGCAAAAAUUACAAUGAAUGUAUCCGGCAUGAGACCAUCAGAGUGGCAGUCUGUGACAUGAUGGAAGGAAAGUGUCCCUGCCCUGAGCCCUUACGAGGGGUGAUGGAGAAGUCCUUCCUGGAGUAUUACGACUUCUAUGAGGUGGCUUGCAAAGAUCGCCUGCACCUUCAAGGCCAGACUAUGCAGGACCCUUUUGGAGAGAAGCGUGGCCACUUUGACUACCAGUCCCUCUUGAUGCGCCUGGGACUGAUUCGUCAGAAAGUGCUGGAGAGGCUCCAUAAUGAGAACGCCGAAAUGGACUCUGAUAGCAGUUCGUCUGGGACAGAGACAGACCUGCACGGGAGCCUGAGGGUUUAGACCCUGCUCCCUUCUCCCCUCCCCCCACUCAAGGGUCCCAGCAACGUCCCUUCCCCCCACCCCAGGGAUGGAGAGGCACUGUGUAUCUCCCUCCAAACGUGACGUCAUCCUGCAAGAUGGCAAGAACCAAGCCAGCUCGGAUCCCAGGGUGUGGGAGUGGGGAGGCUGUUCCUGACCUGACCUCCCUGGCUCUCGAGCAUCCGGGGCUGUGUUCAUCCCAUAGCAGGGGCCAAGGUACCGACGCAGGAGCACCCAGGGUGAGGGCCUCUGGCAAACACAAGCAGCCGACACACCUCUCCACGGGGCCAGCUCCUCAGGGGGAGGCGGGAGACAGAAACUGUUAAUUCCAAGAGGGAGCGUGCCCACAUGAUUGAGGGGGAUAUCUGGAAGGGAGCUUUGGGUGGGGGGCUGUCUGUGACACUUAAGCAGUCUGGGUGGUUGUCUGUCUGCAGUCUUGAAGCAGGGCUUCCCAAUGCCCUUUUCCUCCCUGCCUCUCUUCUCCCAGUACUUCCCAUGGGCCAGCAUAAUUUUGUUUUUUUCCUAAUUUAUAGUCACUGUUCUAGACAGACCAAAGAGAAGGAACAGUGGUGGAGUCUAGGCUGCUGAUCAGUGAGCUUUACCUAGCACCUGAGCACCUUUCUCCUCUGCCCCCCCCCCAUUCCCUCGCCCAUUUCCAGAUUUAAGACAGAAGGUAAAUGUGACUGGGAUGGAACCGAGGUCCUGGUAGAGCCUACACAGGCACCAUGAGAAGCUGAUUUUGUUCCCGCAAUCACUGAUUUGAAAAGUUCCCAACGCAGCCAGCUGCUGUGUGUGGGGUACGAGAGCCACUACAUAGAAUAGUCUUUUACAGAUGUUCCUAAAUGCUAGCCACAAUGAGAGUAUUUCCCCUGGGGGUGGGGUGCAGUGGGGAGACUGAUGCUAGUCCUCUUGUGUUCUGUUUGGCUGUCCUUGUGUAUUUUCACCCUGGCCUCUGGUUACCCCCCCCCCAACCUCCCUCCCACUUCAAUGCCCAGGGACUUGUGGGGAGCAAGGGUCGCCAAUGGCAGAGGGGGUGGGGCUGGGACUCUGGGCCCCGCUGCUUCUCUUGCCUCUCCGCCUCCCGUCCUUCCCAGCUGCUCUGUCACUGGCUCUGAUGGCUAUUUGCCUGGCUGUGUUGCUUCUCUGUCUGUAUCUAGCUGCAGUGAUCCUUUAGCUGGUUGGCUCAGAAGAAUGUGUGUUAGGCGCCCUGUGGUACUGGGCACUGAGAAACUCCAGCCUUCCCCUUUUUGGUGUGUUCUCCCCAUACUUUCCAGAUUCUUACUGUUAGGGCUCCCAGUGGGGUGUUGGUGAUCCGUGUGACGCAGGGCCUCAGUCAGUAUCCAGCCGCGUGUACGGGAGAGGAUGACUUGGGCCUGCCCUGCCCGCUGCUGUGAAGGCUUCUGCCUGCGGGUCAUGGGACUUCCGGGGAGUUCGGAAGAGGUUGGGCACGAAGGAGAAUGUCCAACUUGGGAGGGCAGGAAGCAAAGAAACUGGACAGGAAGUGGGCUUGGGGAACGGAAGUUUAUCUCGGAUACCUAAGGCUGGGUCUCUUAACAAGGAGACUUAAAGAGGGACCCUGCGGCCAAUUUCCCUCUUCCAUUCCCAGAGCAAGUACAGGGCUUAGCAGAAUGCCCUUGGUGUGUUGGUCCAGUGGUUGUCUGUCAUCCAUUUAAGUGUUCCCACUUUCAAGUGACAAUCCUCUCCUUGGCCCUGCCGUGGGCAGAGCAUGUCUGGCAUACCAGCCUGACUUUUAUGCCCUAAUCUUGAGUUGAGGAAAUAUAUGCACAGGAGUCAAAAGAGAUGUCUUUAUAUCGGACUGUACAUAAAUGAAGUUUUUUUUUUUUCUUUUUGGUGCAAUAAAGUUUGUUUUGGCAGAAGGAGGAAGCGCCUGUGGGUGUGGGAGGGUGUGUGUCAAGGGAGACUGGGAUCCUCCAACAACCACACCUCUCACCCAGGUCUGAAACUGCCAGGGAGAAAGUGCUUGAUGCAUUGUCUGGAGGCUGGAAACUCCGGUUACAGGGCGUGGGUGGAAGCAGGGCGGCCGGGGACGAGUCUCCCGCCAACCAGAAGUAGCAGGGCCUUUUCUGAGACCACAUCUGGCCAUCAAGGAGAGGAAUGCCAUCUUGGCCUCAGUUGCUUCGAAGGAGCUCCUUGACAAACUGGGAAGAGAGUAUGUCCUCCAAGGACAGGCACAUCUAGACUGUAUCCCUGGGUAAGGAAAGGGCAUCUUAAGUUCUGGAUAAUCCAGACCUCACUUGAUUUUCGGGUAUCUGGUAUGAAACCAGCUCUUAGGAGUUCUGCACGAAGACUGAUUAUGCAGCCACCUUCUUUCUCUACUUGCUAUAGAAAGGCUCUAGCUUUCUGGCGGAAAGGCUUUUCCUCUUGGCUGACCCCGCGGCAAGGAAGACAUUCCAUGGGACAUGGCCAGCCGAUGCCGGGCAAAGCCGCGAUGUGGGAAGGCGAAGGCCCGCAUGCCAGUGCACUUAGGCUCUGGCUCCUCACUUUGCCUUUUAAGCUGGUGGCCCACUCCCAGUGAGUUAAUUCAGAAGGAGACCUACUCACUGAGCCGAUGAAAGUGGCCGUGAGGAUUUAAGUGUGUUUAGAAGACGGCACAGGGUAGGUGUUCAGUAAAUGAUGCCCUUCCCACCGCUAAGGCGAGAGGGACCUAGUGAUCACGGGAGGGAGAGCUGGUACGAAACUAAAGGACUAGACUAUGUCCACUGUUGGUCCAUUCCCCUAGGUUCCAUUAUUUCUUUACUCUAACCACCAUUUUACUUUGACCUCUGCUUCUUCACACUCAGCCAAGUCUGUCAGAACCUGGAAGCUCCAGAGGAAACGAGACUGAACAAGUGGCUAUUACUGGUCCAUUAGGAUCUGCUCGCUUGAGAUAAACAUUUUUAUAAAGACAAGGUUUGAAUUAGCAGGCUGUAAUUUAUGUCCCAGGACUACAAAUAGCCAAGAGACUGUCUAGCCAGGAGAUAGACUGCCUUCAUUCUAGACCCAUCCCUACCGUGAACUUGGAGGUGACCCAUGCUGGUCCAUUUCUUUACGUGCUCGCUGUUCUCUGUGCUACUCAGGUUAGCCUUACCGGAUAAAUGAGUUUUUCUCUAAUAAAGAUGCAAUGUGAAGGCACUUUAAAAAAAAAUAAAU